AUGGCGACCGAGACCAUUUACCGCGAACGAGAAGUCCGAAGACGGUAUAGAUGGCCGGAAGUACAAUUGAAUCUGUGGAUUUUCAUAGUCCUGGCCGGAGCUGCGACGGUCUUGGGCAUAAAUGCGUGGUUCAUCUCCGUGCAGAAUCAAUUGAGGGUUGGAGUUCCCUGGCUUUUUACCUUCGCCGUUGUCGUCGGUGGUCUGACGAUUUUGUUUCUGAUCAUCAUCCUCAUCCUCGCCCCUCGUCGCAUGCUGAUACCUGGAGGUAUCCUCCUUGGCUCCUUCAUCCUCUUUGUGUUGUGGGUGACGACGCUCAUCGAAACGGCCAUCCAGCUGUACGGCGAUGGCAACGUCAACAGCAAUUGCAACAACUAUGUCACCGGACAAGAGUACACGGGUGUCUCGAUAGAAACGCUGGCCUGGCUGACCCAGAACAAUAUAUGUUCAUGUUGGAAGGCGUCUUUUGCCUGGUCCAUCAUCUUGGCCGUUUUGUUUCUGUGGAUGAUGAUCUUAUCGUGGCAGGUGCAGAAUUACGAUGACUGA